AUGGCUUUGGACCCCGGCAAUGGUACUCGAGUCAUUGCUGGGACCAGCAUGAGAGAGAUACUGAUAUUGGACAUACGUAACCUUACCACGCCAGUUCAAGUUCGGGACUCUCCCUUCUCACAGCCUAUCAGAUGCAUGGCGAUCCAUCCGAUGGGGACUGGCUUCGUAUGCGGUAGCCAAGAAGGAAAGGCAGCAUGGGAGCCCUUUGAGCAUUCGGAUAAAGUGAGGGGGAAGUACACGUUCAAGUGUCAUCAUAAGAAAUCCGUGGAUUCUGAUGGUCAAGACGUGAGUGCUGUGAAUGGCGUUGCCUUCCAUCCGAAGCACGGCACUUUCGCCACGUGCGGUUCCGAUGGUGUGGUAUCAGUGUGGGAUGGUGAAGCUCGGAAGCGUCUGUGGAGAAUGACUGCAGAUGAGGUCGCAUCGGGCGGAGUAUCCAGUGUUAGCUUCUCCCCUGAUGGUACGCGCCUGGCUAUGGGAGUGAGCUACUGCUUUGACAACGGUCCCAAGAGCCCCGAGCCUCCGAGGUCAGUCAUCGUCCGCCCAGUUAGCGAUGCUGAAAUGCAGGCUAAGAAGAGAGUAGACUAG